CUACACUGUGAUUCCUUCAAAUCAAAGCAAGAAACUUUUCAGAAAUCUUUGUGUGAUUAGGGCGCAUAUAAUGGGAAUAUAUCAUCACCAUGUCCUAGCAGCAAUUUACGUGUUUGUAACUAUGGCAUGCAGCGAACAUUUGGUGAAAUCCGACCAGCUUGGAGAGCAACGAAUCAGAGAAUGUCACGGUAGAAACGAAGAUUGUUCAGCUGAAGGACAGAAAGGGGGGAAAGACAAUAUUCUGCUACGUUUACCGCGAAUCGAAGGAGUAAAGGUAGGACAUACCCAAGAAAUGGAACUAACAAAGGGAAGCAAGCACACUGUGAGAACUCUCAGCUUAAAGCCACCAGUGUUUGAAAUUCCAAACUUCUUCACCGAUGAAGAGUGCGAAAUGAUCAUAGACUUGGCUCUGGAAAAAGGUAUGAGCGAAAGUCCGCCGAGCCAAGACACUGACAAGAGUGCUGACAAAGAUCCUUGGGAAGAGAAGAUAAAGGCCUGGGACAGAAAUAAAAAUGGAUUUAUCGACAAGACAGAAAUAAAGGCUCGUUUCCAGUACCUCGCGCUAGGAUAA